CCCGGCGGCCGGGGGCCCACCGCCGAGCGCCACGGGCCGCGCUGCCUGCCGCUGUCCGGCUUCCGAGAGGAGCUGCGGGCGCUCCUGGUCCUGGCGGGCCCUGCGUUCUUGGCCCAGCUGAUGGUGUUUCUGAUCAGCUUCAUCAGCUCGGUGUUCUGCGGCCACCUGGGGAAGCUGGAACUGGAUGCUGUCACACUCGCAAUCGCAGUUAUCAAUGUCACUGGUGUCUCGGUGGGAUUUGGCUUAUCUUCUGCUUGCGACACCCUUAUCUCCCAGACAUAUGGGAGCCGGAACUUGAAGCACGUGGGGGUCAUCCUGCAGAGGGGCAUGCUGGUGCUGCUUCUCUGCUGCUUCCCCUGCUGGGCGCUCUUCCUCAACACCCAGCAGAUCCUGCUGCUCUUCAGGCAGGACCCGGAUGUGUCCAGGCUUACCCAGACCUAUGUCAUGAUCUUCAUUCCGGCUCUACCUGCAACCUUUCUUUAUGCAUUACAAGUUAAAUAUUUGCUCAACCAGGGCAUCGUCCUGCCCCAGAUCGUCACUGGAGUUGCAGCCAACCUUGUCAAUGCCCUCACCAACUAUCUGUUUCUUCAUCAGUUGCAUCUUGGGGUGAUGGGCUCAGCACUGGCAAACAUGAUUUCCCAGUUCACCUUGGCUCUGCUCCUCUUUCUCUACAUCCUCGGGAGGAAACUGCAUCAAGCUACCUGGGGAGGAUGGUCCCUUGAGUGUCUGCAGGACUGGGGCUCCUUUUUCCGCCUGGCCAUCCCCAGCAUGCUCAUGCUCUGCAUUGAGUGGUGGGCCUACGAGAUCGGGAGCUUCCUCAGCGGUAUCCUGGGCAUGGUGGAGUUGGGAGCCCAGUCCGUCGUGUAUGAACUGGCCAUGAUCGUGUACAUGAUACCUACAGGCUUCAGUGUGGCUGCCAGCGUCCGGGUAGGGAACGCACUGGGUGCCAGAAAUAUCGAGCAGGCCAAGAGGUCCUCAGCUGUCGCCCUGCUGAUCACAGAAGUCUUUGCUGUCACCUUUUGUGUCCUGCUGUUAAGCUGUAAGGAUCUUGUGGGGUACAUUUUCACUACUGACCGAGAAAUCGUUGCUUUAGUGGCUCAGGUGGUUCCAAUUUAUGCUGUUUCCCAUCUCUUCGAAGGUCUUGCUUGUACAAGUGGUGGCAUUCUGAGGGGAAGUGGCAAUCAGAAGGUUGGAGCCAUCGUUAAUGCUGUUGGGUAUUAUGUGGUUGGUCUCCCUAUCGGGAUUUCGCUGAUGUUUGCAACCAGACUUGGAGUGAUCGGUCUGUGGUCAGGGAUCAUCAUCUGUGCGGUCUCUCAAGCUGUGUGUUUUCUAGCCUUUAUUGCUCGGCUAAAUUGGGAAAAAGCCUGUCAACAGGCUCAGAUACAUGCCAAUCUGAAACUAAAUAUGGCCCAGGAUGAGACUUCUGCUUUCUCUCAGGACCCACUCGACCCAGUGGGCCCUGAAAACCGUGGAGGCAUUUUAACAAGAGAUGUUGAAAAAACAGAUGAGACUCAGCUGGAUCAGCAGAUGCACCAAGAAGAAUGUCCUCGGGUCCAUCCAAGGGACACAACUAAGUUGUCCGGGAGACAGCUGCUGCUGCGGCGAGGGCUCCUGCUUCUGGGGGUCGUCUCAGUCCUGCUGGUGGGGAUCUUAGUGAGAGUUUAUGUCAGAAUUCAGUGAUGUGGCGAGAGAGAGGCAGGUCAAGAGAGACUUUUGAACUUACAAAUAAAUAAUUCAGAGGCCCAACGGUGGCAGCUCAUUUCAGUUAACGUGAUUCACCUGUGCCCAUGGAUUCCAAGACUUGAGAGUUCGGAUAUAUUUUCUAAUGAAGAAGAGGAACUAAGGUAAAAACUAUGUUCUAGUCCGAGACAAAUGUCUGAAAGAUUACAUCCACCACUGUCUCAACCAAGGACCACCAUGUACUGACUGCAUCCAUCUAUAUAGCUUUGAUAUUUCUUUUGCUUACUGUUUUUUUAGACACGAAUCCAUGUACCGCGUGCUUAAGGAUUCUUACUAUCUGA